AUGGAGUCCUACACCCGCGGGGUCCCCUUCCAGCGCCGUUUAAGCCGGCUCUACAACGACACCAAACGCAAAUCCGACUUCCUCACCCAAGAACCCGCCCCCCAUGCCGAUUCCGACCCCGAAAUUCAGGCCUUGCACCGCAAGCUGCGCAUCCAAAAGGACCGCCUUGUUACCUGGGGUCUGGAAUGGUCUGACCCGAACCAGGCGGCCUCGGCCUCGGCCGAGGUGCUCAUCGACUCGUCUUUGUCCAAGGCUGGGCUGAGCGAGGUCGUGGGCAGUAUCAUGACCACCAUAAGGGAUAUCCUGGCCGAAGCGGAACAGUUGUGGAAUAAGCGGCAUGAGCAGGUUUCUGGAGGAACGCAGAGAAAGGGAGAGAAGAUUCGAAUGGUGGUGUGGGAUAGGAAUAAGUUUGAGGAUUUGAUACGAGAUUUGACAACGAGCAUUGAUACGCUGUAUGAUUUGUCGAGGACGAGGUCGUCGUUUGCGGUGUCGUCGGCGGCAGCGAGGGCUAGGCUCGAAAAACCGCUGCCUUCGCUGGAAGAAAUGCGUCCGUUCGAGUCGACUAGGAUCAAAACGCCUCAGGUUAUUGAUCCUAAGACGCUCACGCCCCUGCGCUUGAUCCAGGCGGAGCCCAUGACCGAACCCGUCGAGCACGGCGAACGUGUACGCGAAAUCGUCAUCAUGAAACGCGACGCCUUUGCGGAGUUGAUGCGCAAGAUCGGCAGCACCAGCGCCCAGGCCCAUGCCCCGCUGCUGCUCGAGUACGCCUACUUCGACGAUAUCUACACCAAAACCGGCAUUCCCCCGCCAAUGAAUCGCUUCGAAAAGAUCUCUGCUGCCCUCCAAGCCGAGCCACAGCGUGCCCCCGGCUCCUGGACCGGCCUACCCCGAAUGCUCGGGUACUUCGAAGACCUGGACAGCUCCCGCUUCGGCCUGGUGUACCAGUUUCCUAGGACCUUUCACGCCGUCACCUUCGAGCACCUGACUCAGCACCCACUCAAUAACAUGUGCACUCUAGCCGAUCUCCUUGCCCGACCGGAUUUUGAGCCCCGGCUGGAGGCGAAGUUCCGACUUGCUGCUAACUUGGCCAAUACACUCUUUGAUCUUCACGAUCGGGGCGUGACGCACUGCGCUCUGGUGACAGAGAAUAUCUCAUUCUGCAAUGCGGUCGGGACGGACCCCGAAGUGAGUGGAAUUACCCAGGGGGAGGUGGACAUCCGGCGUCCGCUGCUGUCAGGGUUUGAUCUAUUCUGGGAUCCGCAUGCCCCCGGGGAGGAGGCCGGGGAGGAAUACUCGCUGUAUAGGCAUCCACUCGAUCCGAGGAAUAGUGCCGCGUCACCGCUGGCCGAGAAGGCGGGGUCCAAGAUUUUCGAUUUGUAUUCGCUGGCUAUGGUGUUGCUUUCUGUUGGGCUGUGGACGAAGCUGGAGAAUCUGGUGACGCACCCGCAGUCGCCUGUGUCUGAGGCAUUGUUAGAUCAGCUGGCUAUCCGGUGUGGCACACUGUAUAUGAAGGCCGUGCAGACGUGUUGGAGGGCAGUGGAUCAGGAGUUGAUGGGGGCUGCGGGAAGUACGGAGGAGAUUGUGCGGAAGGCGCAGGCGCGGGCGAGCAGGUAUUUGGAGGCGUGCUGUAUUUUGGAUGGAGUCAAUGCGUUGGAGGAGAGGUUGGGUGCUGAGCUUGGGGAGGAGAGGAUGCCAGUAGAGAGUGAGAGUGUGCCGGCUGCCGAUGUGAGCUCGUCGAAGGCGGCGAAGGAGAAGGAAAGGGAGGCGAUGUGGGAGAGGGCUGCGAGGGGGGGCGAGGCCCAGGUUCAGAAAAGUAAGCUCCCCUCAACGAUCCGUUACAACCAACUUGACGCUAACCCUUCAGUCUCCGACCCAACUCCAGUCACGCCCAAACCCAAACUCCGCCUCUACCCGCACGUCACCCUCCCCCCUGACGUCGUCGACCACUGGAACAAAGUCCUCAUGCCCCAAAUCAACUCCGCCCUCCGCACCUUCUACCGCAAGCACCCCGAGUCAGUCGAAAUCUCCCUCGAGUCCAUCGGCGAGUCCCCGCAGAAGACGCGCCCUACCGUGCUGGUGGUGUGUACCUCCGUGAGCAAGGUCAAGGCGAUACUGCGGAAGAAGUUGGGCGGGGUGUUUGACGGGGAGUCGGGGAUCGGAUUGAAGGUUUGUCGUGGGCAGGUUGUUAGGUCGAGGAAGGACGUUGUACCAACGAGGAGUAUGUCUGGCUCUGGCGACGGUGAGGAGGAUGAGAGGGAUAAUCCGGAAGAGAUUGGGGCGGCAAAUCCGGAUUAUCAGGAGCAUCCUACCAAUGGGGCGAGUAUUGGAGCCUGGAUAGGGGAUCGACACCUGCCGCCUGUGAGUUUAGGCGGGUUGAUUGUCGUCGAUGGAAAGCAAUAUGGCAUGACGGUACACCAUAUGCUCGAUGAUCCCGAACAAGUCGUCCGGAGCGCUGCCGCUGCCGCUGCUGCUGCUGCUGCUGCUACUGAGAAUACACCUCGCAGCAUGGCGCACGAAGAAGUCCAGGACCUGGCGGCAUGGUACGAAACGCACUGCCGCUACCAGACUGAAUCAGAAGGCGAUAACAGCAGCGUCGAAGACGCCUACUACGCAUGCGAGUUCUCUGACUCGGAAUCCGACGAUAUCUCCGAAUCGGCCAUCACUAGCUCGUACUCCGACCCGUCAGACGGGUCUUCUGAAGACGUACCUGACGACGAAGACGAAGACGACGAAGAAUCGCAGUUCAGUGAGCCGGGAGAUAUACCAGGUAUUGAGCCCGGCUGUGGUGACGGGUAUAUCAUCACGCAGCCCGCGUUAGAUGACAUGCCGGAGGGGUUUUACCCCUGCGCAGAGACGCAGGAUGAGGAUCACUUGGAUACGUGCAUGCUGGGGACGAUGUACGCGAGUAGUGGUAUCCGGCGGCGGACAGACGAACUCGGCUUUGUACAUGAAAUUGAUUGGGCCUUAUUCAAGUUCGACGAGCGAAGGAUGAUGAGCGGGAAUACCAUCCCAUCAGCCAACUUUCCCGAUGAAGACGAAGAGGGUGCUGAGGGUGAGGGGGGAUGGAUUUCCCCUACGUCUAUCGUCCCGACUUUAUUGUUGCCGGGGUUACAAGUCCAAUGCAUGGCCCGCACCUCCGGUAUUCAAACGGGUGUCAUCUUACCAACUCUCACCUCCCUCAAGAUCUUUGGCCGGGUAACGCCCAGUCAUACGUACCAAAUCGCUGGCGUGCCGUUCUCUCCCCCUUCAGUCGGCAAAUUCCGCUCCGGACCCGGGCACUCGAUCAAAAGGUCACCCCUACCGAUGGGUGUACCGGGAGAUAGUGGGGCGUGGGUUAUUUCCCGCUUGCCAUACCCCGACGAGGAUAAUAAAAAGGAAGGGCAUGCGCUAGCGGGACAUAUCUUAGCGUUUUCUGCGAGGAAGAGGGUGGCGUAUAUAUGUCCGAUGGAGGUUCUUAUCCGUGACAUUGGUGAAACUCUUUGUGCUCGCGAGAUCCGUCUGCCCUCACGUGAGGAUGGAACGGCACCGGGGGAGGUGAUCUGGUCUUCUAAAGGCAAGCGCGUUAGCGUCUUGAGCACCGGCAUCCGCGGCUCGGGGUAUUGUUAUGCCGGCGAGCUUGGGAGACGAGAGAGCCAGCGCUCCGUAAGCACAGUCGGCGGACGCACUACAGUGACGAAUUUGUCGCGGACAGCGUCGGGUCGGUCGUGGGUUACGCGGAGGGCAAGCCAACGAUCGAGGAUGAGCACCGGGUAUUUUGACGAAGAGGAGGAGAAGGAGAAGGAGGAGGAGGAGGAGGAGGAGGAAUAUGAUGAUAAAGAGGAAGGCGGCCCGGGAUUGGAGUCGAAAAAGGGGGGCUAG